UGACGUCACAGCGCGAUGGCGGCGGCUCCUUUAGGCUGCUGAAGGGGGAGUUAGGCCCGGGAGAUCCGAGUCCAUCCGCGGCGGGGAGAGGGCAAGCGGCGUCGGAGGGGCCCGGAGCAGGGGCGGCGGCGCUCGGACUGUUCUCUCCGCCCCGUAUUGAGGCGCUGGGAGCGACGGGGCGGCCGGAAAGCGAUGGUGAAAGCGGGGCCGUGAGGGGGGCGGAGCCGGCAGCCAGACCCGCAGUAGCGGCAGCUGCGGCGCCGCCUCCCCGCGCUUAGACCCAGGAAGCGGCCGGGAGAGUAGGAGCGAGCCGGGGCCGCCGCCGCCAUGGAGCUCAGGGUCGGGAACAGGUACCGGUUGGGCCGCAAGAUCGGCAGCGGCUCCUUCGGAGACAUCUAUCUCGGUACGGACAUUGCUGCAGGAGAAGAAGUUGCCAUCAAGCUUGAAUGUGUCAAAACCAAACACCCUCAGCUCCACAUUGAGAGCAAAAUCUACAAAAUGAUGCAGGGAGGAGUGGGCAUCCCCACCAUCCGGUGGUGUGGGGCAGAGGGAGACUACAACGUCAUGGUGAUGGAGCUGUUGGGACCAAGCCUGGAAGACCUAUUCAACUUCUGCUCGAGGAAAUUCAGUCUCAAAACUGUCCUGCUACUUGCUGACCAAAUGAUUAGUCGUAUUGAAUACAUUCAUUCAAAGAACUUCAUCCACCGAGAUGUGAAGCCAGAUAACUUUCUUAUGGGACUGGGGAAGAAGGGCAACCUGGUCUACAUCAUAGACUUUGGGCUGGCCAAGAAGUACCGGGACGCGAGGACCCACCAGCACAUCCCCUACCGUGAGAACAAGAACCUCACAGGGACGGCGCGGUACGCCUCCAUCAACACACAUCUUGGCAUCGAACAAUCUCGAAGGGAUGACCUGGAGUCACUGGGUUAUGUGCUCAUGUACUUCAACCUGGGCUCUCUGCCCUGGCAGGGGCUGAAGGCUGCCACCAAGAGACAGAAGUACGAGAGGAUUAGUGAGAAGAAGAUGUCCACUCCCAUUGAAGUGUUAUGUAAAGGCUACCCGUCUGAAUUUGCCACGUACCUGAAUUUCUGCCGGUCGUUGCGUUUUGAUGAUAAACCUGACUACUCAUACCUGAGACAGCUCUUCAGGAACCUUUUCCAUCGCCAGGGUUUCUCCUAUGACUAUGUGUUCGACUGGAACAUGCUCAAGUUUGGUGCCAGCCGGGCAGCUGAUGAUGCUGAACGGGAACGUCGGGAACGAGAGGAGCGAUUGAGACACUCCAGAAAUCCAGCCACCCGCGGCCUCCCUUCUACGGCCUCAGGCCGCCUGAGGGGGACACAAGAAGUGGCUCCUCCCACUCCCCUCACCCCUACCUCACACACUGCUAACACCUCUCCUCGGCCUGUGUCCGGUAUGGAAAGAGAGCGGAAAGUGAGUAUGCGGCUGCACCGCGGAGCCCCUGUCAACAUCUCCUCGUCUGAUCUCACGGGCCGACAAGAUACCUCCCGCAUGUCCACCUCACAGAAUAGCAUUCCUUUCGAACACCACGGCAAGUAGCUGCACGUCUCCCCGUUGGAAGGCAGCACUGGAUUCCCGGUCGGGUGGCUCCCAGUGGUCUUCAGUCUGUCGUGCACCGAUGAGAAGGCUUCUUUCUGCUCUGAAGGGCACACACAAUGCAUGGCUGAUCUCCUCUGUUACAAUGGCUUUCUUAGUGACACGCCCCCGGUCUAGAACCGAAACGCUAACAUCAGGAGUUCUCCAGGCCACCCCUCAGCGACGCCGGGGUGGGGGACAAAAGACAAAUGCUGCCAUCACCAGGGACCACCCUCGAGCCCCCGCAGUGAGUGAAAAGCAGAGAGUGAGAGACAAUCACAGAGAGAAUCAAACUCCUGUCCAGGGGCCUUUCAGUUCUUCUCCAGUGGUGGUGCACCCUGCUCCCUGAUGAGUCUACUGUAACUACCCGUCUUCUACUUGGUUAAGACAGUUUUGUAUCAUUUUGCUAAAAAUUAUUAGCUUAAAUCUGUGUAAAGAAAUC